AUGGAUCUGACGAGUGAUGCGGAGUCAGCAGAGUUCUCAGUGGAUUCAGCAUUGGAAGCUGAUAGCAAUGAACCUGGACCACGAAGCCCUUCAUCUGCAAGUUCCUCAUCAGACUCAGAAUCGGAUGCCGACAAGAACACCGAAUCGAACAGUGCAAACCCUUCCCUGGAUCCCAUACGUCGUAUCAGCUGUAUACAAGAAGCACAACUCUCACCAGAUGGAAGCUGUAUCUUCACCUCAGACUAUGGCCGGAACUUUUCCGUUUAUCCCAUCUCCAACGACAUUUCGUCAGGAGACGACCCUCAGGAUCUCAAACCAUACACGUCGUUCAAGGCUCCCAGUCCAAUAUGGGCUUUCGCUGUCAACCCACUAUUCAACCUACAAGACCCCGCCAGUACAACUGUGCUACUGAGUCGGCGAGACUUAUACAUCACCUUGCACAACGCACUAUGGGACAUGUCUAACCCCGCUAGUUCUGAUAUGCAGUCAUCAAGCACCGCCACAGUCAAUAUCUCCACACCGCUAGCCUCGUACAAACUGGUCAACAACCUGACCGAAGCCGUGACUGCUCCUCUCAGCCUAUCUUUUUCAAGCGACAGCAACCACUUUUUCGCCGGUACGCAAGAUAAGAUCGCCAUAUUCGAUAUUCAAGAAAGAGACGCACCAAUCCAUACCAUCGCCACCAUACCCGCCAAGCGUACCAAACUUAAAGGAGGCGGCCGCGGCUUCAAAGGCUACAUAUCUGCUCUAUCAUUGUCUCCACCCACCAUCGCCUCUACCGACGGUCUCAUCGCAGCAGGAUCGUGGACACGCUACGUAGGCAUCUAUGACCCUGUCUCCGGCGCCGAAGUAACUCACUUUCCCCUCCCGGGCAACAUUGCCUCAUGCUCGUCUCUCGGAAAGAUGCCACGCAAUAAAAACCUCGAGCACGUCAUGGGCAUGGGCGUUUCAUCACUAAAAUGGAGCCCAUGCGGUAGGUAUCUCUACGUUGCUGAGCGGUCCUCUGACGUCCUGCUUAUAUACGACGUCCGUAACUUUUCGUAUUCGCUAGCACAUUGCGCUGGGAGAAAGGCGCUGACGAAGCAGAAAUUGGGCUUUGAUAUUUGGAAUGCGGGACAGUCACCGUAUGAUAUCGAGGGCACGAGCCAUGAGGUCUGGGCUGGUGGUACGGAUGGCAGGAUUCGUGUUUGGAGAGAUCCGUAUGUUAAGGAAGGUGCUGUAGAGCCGGACGAAGUUGUUCAGAUCCAUGGAGAAGAAGAGAUUCCUAUCGUCAGUACUCUGGUUCAUGCUUCGGGUAGCUUGGCGGCUGCUGCGUGUGGGAUUGUUGAGAUUGACGAUGGUAUCAAGACGCGGGGUCAACAGAGAGGUGGUGGGUUGAGGCCGAAGAUUCGUGAAGGGGGCUCUUUGGAUAUUCUCGGCUUGGGAUGA